GAUUAACACUAGUCUUAUAAUUGUUAUCACUCCCUAGAACAGAUAGCACGAGUUUAAGGGAAUCUAAUCAGUAGCCGAGUGACCGCGGGGUACACAGCACGUACAACAGACCAUACUUAUAUUAAUUAACAAGUUUCAUACUGUGUUGUGAUAAACAUGUGCCUCAAUGUUGACAACUGCUGUUGCUGCUUCAGUCUCGAGUGGGGGACCAAAGCUAUUGGAAUAUUGUUUACGUUGACAUCAGUAUGCACGGUGCUGGUGUACGCGCCGCUGGCGGUGAUGAGCCACUCGCUCCCUCACGUACGACUCAUAUUCUACGCCACGCUGGCCGUGCUCGCCGUCUUCGAGAUAUUCAUCGGAGGCCUGCUCAUACAUGGUGCCUUCAAGAGGAAGCCGCACUUUACGUGGCCGUGGCUGGUGCUGGCGUGGUGGAAGGGGCUGGUGCUGAUGCUGCUCACGGUGGCCGGCUUGGUGCUGCUCACCUUCAGCAGGGACGUCGACACCAUCGCCGAGGCCAGCGCCGUCAUCUCCGUGUACUUCGUGUACUCAGCAAUCCUGAUUUACUUCGCGGUGGUAGUGAACAGCCGGCGGCAGGAGAUGGUCCACGACAACUACUGGGCGAACAAGCACAUGCUCAAGAGCGCAAAGACGCAGUACUACUAUGUAUAACAUAGUUUCAUGCUACGUUACACUGCGACAUAAUACACGUGCGUUUUUACGUCAAAAAGGUGCCAUAUUUUAGAGGCUGUCUAUUGGGGAACAAA